AUGCGUCUCCGAACUCAUCCCAGAACACUGUCUCCGGCGCCACCACCUCCGCUGCCGUCCUCGCCACUGUCCCCGCAGUCUCCGAACUCAUCCCAGAACACUGUCUCUGGCGCCACCACCUCCGCUGCCGUCCUCGCCACUGUCCCUGCAGUCUCUGAACUCAUCCCAGAACACUGUCUCCGGCGCCACCACCUCCGCUGCCGUCCUCGCCACUGUUCCCGCAGUCUCCGAACUCAUCCCAGAACACUGUCUCCGGCGCCACCACCUCCGCUGCCGUCCUCGCCACUGUCCCCGCAGUCUCCGAACUCAUCCCAGAACACUGUCUCCGGCGCCACCACCUCCGCUGCCGUCCUCGCCACUGUCCCCGCAGUCUCCGAACUCAUCCCAGAACACUGUCUCCGGCGCCACCACCUGCGCUGCCGUCCUCGCCACUGUCCCCGCAGUCUCCGAACUCAUCCCAGAACACUGUCUCCGGCGCCACAACCUCCGCUGCCGUCCUCGCCACUGUCCCCGCAGUCUCCGAACUCAUCCCAGAACACUGUCUCCGGCGCCACCACCUCCGCUGCCGUCCUCGCCACUGUCCCCGCAGUCUCCGAACUCAUCCCAGAACACUGUCUCCGGCGCCACCACCUCCGCUGCCGUCCUCGCCACUGUCCCCGCAGUCUCCGAACUCAUCCCAGAACACUGUCUCCGGCGCCACCACCUCCGCUGCCGUCCUCGCCACUGUCCCCGCAGUCUCCGCCUCCACUGCCGCCCCCGCGACCGCCACAGCUACUGCUGCAGCUUCCGACGUCGGUGGAAGGAGGCAGCAGGGAGUCAACACACGAAAUAGUGGUCUAUAGCAGAAUAACGUCAACACACUACCUCCAACAGCAAUCCAUGUGUUCUAGCGUUAGUGUUGCCGUUUGA